GCGUUCGUAAACGUUACCCGCAGGGUAUAAAUGUCUCUGAACUCGUUCAGAAAGUCGAAAAAUACAUUAUGGUGGAAAAGUUACCUUUACCCACAUGCGUUUAGAAAGUUCUUGAGGAAUUACCCAGGGUGCUCCUUAUGUACCCUGCUCGCGACUGAGGUAGAGUUUACCCGUCAUGCGCAGAAACGCACUUUUCACAUUUUACACAAGAAUUCCGUACCAGGGGAAAGAAACCUCUCUGUCCGUACGUGAAAUAAGUGAAAUUACAAUAGUGUACCAAAUAUGUCUAAUUGUAAGAUAUCACAAUCCCAAGCUUUGUAUAAAGUUAUAGAAGGUGCCGAUAGAAAUCCAAUUUUCAACGCAGAAAUGUCGGAAGUUUAUUUACGUGACAAUAAAACAGGCAGAAUGGCUUAUAUUCCUUUAACGGAAUAUAUUAUUGAAACUUUGCUCAAACCGUAUGGAAUAGAAAUUAUGUUACCCGAAAAAAAUGUUGAUACAGAAAAUUCAUCUCGCUGUUCGACAUCUAUCUUAGAAGAAACUGAGAACAUAAUAUUGAUACCCUUAGAAGAGAGCAAUGAAAAAGUUCUGGAUAAAGGAAUGAAAAACUUAUGGACAGAUAAAAGUAGAGCAAUGCUGCUACAUUUGUACAAAAAGUAUCAAAAUGAUUUUAGUUCCAAUUGCAUUAAAAAGGACGAUAUCUGGACUAAAAUUGCCUGUGGUAUGAAAUGCGAAGGCUAUAAUUUUGUUGCAGCACAAUGUAAAGAAAAAAUGAAAUACAUGAAGAAAAAGUAUUUUAAAAAAAUAGAUAAUAUGGGUCCUAAAAGUACUGGUGCAGCACCAGUAAAAUGUGAUAACUUUGAGGAACUCGAUGAAUUGUUUGGAAAUAAACCCAAUGUUAUUCCUGUUGCAAUAGCAAGUUUAUCGAAUGACAAUAUUAAGUUUGAAGUUACACAGAAAGAUCUUGAUGAUGCGAAAGAUAAUAAAAAAAACAACGAAAGAGAGCGAGUACAAUAACUCUCAGUGAUUUACAAGUUAUACUUGAAGAUAAAGAAAACGCAAAGAAGGCCAGGCACGAAGAAAAACAAGAACUUCUUCGACAAAGUAUAAGUUCUUAUGAACGCAUGAUGGAAAAAUUAAUGGAAAAGCUAUAAAGCUGUGAUAAGAUUAUUUAAUAUUGUUCCGUCCGGCUCUGCAAUACAUUUUAUAUAAUGAUAAGUAUAUCAGUAUUAAUUUAAAUUAUAAGAAGAUUUGCAUCCAAGAAAAAUGAGAUUGAAUAGUUAAUGAUUAAAAAAUUGUUUGAAUUAAUACGUUUUUCUUUUAGCGACACAAGUUGACACAAGCUGACACAAGUAUCAUUCUAUCUUUUAUUAAAGCCUGAAUGUUUAAAAAAGACAGAAUGAUGAUUGUGUCAACUUGUGUCGCUAAAAGGAAAGCACCCUUAAUAAAUUAUUUUCUUGAAUGCGAAAAAAAAAUUGAUUUUCAAUUUCUUUAAAUCUGUGCCAAAGACGUGGUUACUGUAUUAACUCUAAAAAAUAUCGCCUCAAAGUAUCUAAAUGAAAAAGUUUAUUUUAAAUUGAUAUUAUUAU